ACAAACAAGCCGCCGCUGGCGGACAUAGUGGCAUCGGCUGAGCAAGCGAAAAGCCGUUUGCUUAUAAAUUAACAUAAAUCCAGUCUCCGUUAAUGCAUUAUGUAAUUAUAUUUCCGAUUGUUUCGAAGGGUCAAUGUUUGAAUGUGCACGAACUGGGAUAAAAUCGCCAGCACAAUUGUCAAAAAGCUAAUCCUGGAAUAGGAAACGGCACAGUAACACUCCAGUAUGGCGGACAGUAUGAUGAGUAAAGCAGCCACAAUGGAGAUCCCAAUUAACAGUAAUGGGGACUCCAGGAACCUGGCAGAAGAUGACAGCUUGGAGCAGGCUGCAAAGAAUCAGUGGAGCUUAAAAGAGAAGGACUUGCAGCAGGUCAUGGUGUCGGGGCCCAACCUAAAUGAGACCAGCAUUGUAUCAGGUGGUUAUGGAGGCACAACAGAAGGCAUCAUUCCAACCAGCUCCGUUAAAGGAUCCAACAUGCAUCUCACCAAUAGCAGUUCCUCCAUGACAGCAGAUGAGGCUUCAAAAGGUAUUGCUGUGGAAAAGUUUGAUGUAAUGAAGAAGUGGGGUCUGAACACUUACAAGUGUACCAAGCAGAUGAUCUCUGAGAGGUUUGGUCGUGGCUCACGUACGGUGGACUUGGAGCUGGAGGCUCAGAUCGAGGUUCUGCGGGAAACCAGACGAAAGUACGAGAAUGUGCUGCGUUUAGCACGAGCACUAACCAACCAAUUUUACAGCAUGGUGCAGACACAGAACGCCCUUGGGGACACAUUUGCAGACCUCAGUCAGAAGUCUCCAGAGCUUCGGGAUGAGUUUGGCUACAAUGCAGAAACACAGAAGCUGUUGUGCAAGAAUGGAGAGACUCUGCUUGGUGCCAUCAACUUCUUUGUGUCCAGCAUCAACACACUGGUGAACAAGACAAUGGAAGACACGCUGCUAACCAUCAAGAUGUAUGAGAAUGCCAGGCUAGAGUUUGAUGCAUACAGGGCAGAUCUAGAGGAGUUGAACAUGGGCCCGCGGGACGCUGUUACUAUGGCUCGUAUUGAGGCUGCUAUGGAGCAGUACCAAAUCCAGAAGGACAAAUAUGAACGGCUCCGUAGUGAUGUCACCAUCAAGCUCAAGUUCCUGGAAGAAAAUAAGGUCAAAGUAAUGCACAAACAACUUCUGCUGUUCCAUAAUGCCAUCUCUGCCUACUUUGCUGGAAACCAGCAGCAGCUGGAACAAACCCUCAAGCAGUUCAACAUUAAACUCAAACCACCAGGGGCUGACAAGCCCUCUUGGCUGGAGGAACAGUAAAAGUGCCCGCCCCUGAUCUUUAGCCAGAUAAAGCAAUGCGGUAGGCCCACAUGAGACUUGGGAUCUAUGAUUCUAGUAGAGAUGGAGGCUACAACAAAGCCUUUCUCACUUACUCUCCCUUAACCCAUACUUCUCUUCAAUAUUUUUCCUCCUAUUUUUGCUCUGAGACAGUUUAAGUGUCGCCUCUGGUGUGUAACCAGUCCUAAAAGCUCCAAUCAAUGUCAAAGUUAUCAGCUUCAUCACUAUAAUCAUCAUUAAACCAACUGAAACAAUACAUCUGAUAUGGGAGUCAGACAGAUUAUUUUUUCCCAAUCUUUCACACACUCUUUCCCCCUUUUUCUCAGUGACCACGUUAUGAGGAACUUUUUUUUACUCCGUUUAUCCCUGAAAAUGGUUUUAUUUUACUAUUAUCUUUUUUCUGUAUUGUACUGUAGAUUUGAUCUUGUAGGUGAAGUGUUUGAGGGGAAAAAAUUUGCAUUCUAAUCACAGAGCACUUAGCAUUCAAUGUUGUUUUUUUUAUUUUGAAUAGAGAUAUAUAUAUAUAUAUAUAUAUAUAUAUCUCUCUGAUAUUGUAUCGCAUCCUUGAACAUUUAGUAGGCCAUCAGUGUACUACUGAGUCUCUCAUUUAAACUUUUUAACAUCAAAUUAAUAAUGCUGGAACAAACUGAUACUAUUGUCAUGAAUUUCCCUAGUCACAAAUGCAUAGCUGUCUGUGCAAAAUCCCAGACAUCAUCGUCUCUUGCCCCAAAUCACACUCUCUAGUUGUUAUUCGGCCGAUUUUCAGGACAUAAAACAUUAUUUUUUCUCUAAGGGAGAAGAGUUUUGUUUUAUUUGGACCGUUAUUGUUUAUUAUUGUAGUUUUAUGAAGUAAUGCAUAAUUCUGUAGAGUGAUCAGUUUUAUAUAACUAUUUUAAUUUAAUAAUCAGAUAUUGAUCAAGGAAUGUGUAUUUGAGUUCUAUUUUUGGUUGUUUUGUUUAACACAGGCCAUUAAUUUAGGCCCACCAUUAUCUGCCUCUUUAUCUACCAAAAUGUGCACUAGAGAUUGUGUACUGGCUUGUUUUUUUAUAAGCAGUGACCUAAUUACCUUCUGAUCUCCAUUCAAAAGCCACAUUUGCCCUGUGUUAUACUGUGUUUAAUGCUUCUUUCUAUCUUUGUUGGAGGAAAAAAAAAAAAUCCCUCAAUGAAACCUUUAUACACAGAUCUGUGGUGUAGGAAGACUUGUACAUUUUUUUUCAUUUCUUAAGACUCACCUUGAAAAGUGUCACUGAAAAUGUAGUACAAAAUCAGAAGUAUUUUGUAGUACCUAUUUAAAAAUCUAAAAAUUCUAAAAAAAAAUUGUUAUUUAAUGCAUUUGAUUAAGUGAUGAAAUAUCACAUGUAUGUAUAUUCAAAUUGGGAUAAUCAAAUGAGUAUUACUGGGUAUAUAAUAUAAAAAAUAUUUUCACAAAACAUGUCAAACGUUCAUGUUCACUGCAGCAACUUGCAGCCAAAUUAUUAUGGAUGUUUAUUUUUAAAGUGGGCUCCAAAUACUCUUUGGCAUUUGUUGCUUUUGUCCUAAACAGACUUGAAAUGAUGCAGUGAUUCUGGGGUUAAAAUGCAGACUGCCAGAUUCAUGUCGGUCUUGUAAAAACCACAUUAUGUAAUAGACUGAAAUAAUAACUAUGACCUAAUGUUCAGUACUUUUGAAUAUUGCACUAAAUCUUUCUAAGUUUGAGAUGAAGCAAUACUGAAGAUGUUUCUUAAAAAGUGUAUUUUCAUGUAUGCCUGCAUUGGCUGUUCCCUUGUGUGUUUUUGCACAGCAGGUCUGAUGAUAUUAAUGUAGUUGUACAUUGUGCAUUGUGAUUCAGUCCUAUUGUGUGCAUUGUGAUUCAGUAAAACACAAAAUGGUUAGUAGUGUUUUUAUAAAAGAAGGGUUUCUUUGAAUGUCAGAGGAUGCUUGAAACCAUUAGAUUUGGCUUGAAUGUCACCUGUUGAAAAGUAAGUAGUGCACUGGCAUGCUCCCUGGAAGUCUCUUUUGCCUUCAGUUUUUUUCUGUGAAGACAAGUUGCUUACCCUAGAAAAGGGAUCCAAGACAAGAAAACAAUGGGACUUUUUGUCAGAUUUCUUUAUACGAAUAUUUUGUUUUUCCACACUGAAACUUUUGUUAAGCAGCAGAGUGGCGUGUGUGAUUAUGUUCAUGGAGAAAGCUGGAGAAAUGGAUACUCUUACCCCAGAGACUGGAGCAUUCCAUUAAGUGAUUGACAUUUGUUCCAGACCUCCUCAACAAUAAAUCCAGAUGCAUUAUCCCCAUAGAUUUCUAUUUCUUUAAAUGCAUCCAUAAAGAUUAUCUUUGUUAUAGUUUUGAUUACGGUUACAGAAGUGUUGAAGUGGAAUGGAAUGCUUACUCCAUCAGCAGGCUUAGUUUUAGAGCAUAGCAGAAUCAAAGGGUUAGAUUGACAUUUAUAUAUACACAAUCAAUAUUUUAGGCUGCUUUGUGGUAUUGCUGUUUAUGAAUGACUGUGUGUGUGUGUGUAUGUAUAUAUAUAUAUAUAUAUAUAUAUAUAUAUAUAUAAUACA